AUGAGCACCGAGGAGAUACUGCAAAAGUUAGACGAGUUCAGCUUAUCUGAUCUGUGUCUGGAUACUGACACUGACUAUGAGAGUGAAACAGAGGGCACUACUGCCAAGCAAGCAAACAAACCUGCAGUAUCAAAGCCACUUGAAAAUGAAGAUAUAGUCACCAAGUAUGCCGACAAGAUCAAAACUGAGCCAUUCAAAAAGGGACCACAAGUAACCAAAGAUAGAGCAAAAAGGGCAACUGUGGAGCAAGUUUUGGACGCAAGAACAUUACGUUUCUUGGGUAAAAUCUUCCGUUCUGGUCUCAUUACAAGAAUCAAUGGUUGUAUCAGUACCGGUAAGGAAGCAAAUAUCUACCACGGAACCCAUGACGAUGAAGGAGCGACGCAGGAGUUUGCUGUCAAAAUUUACAAGACAUCGAUCUUGGUUUUCAAAGAUAGGAAAAGAUAUGUUGAUGGAGAAUUCAGAUUUAGAAAUACAAAAGACCAAGGAAACCCAAGAAAGAUGGUUAAAAUAUGGGCGGAAAAGGAAUUUAGAAAUCUAAAUAGAAUCUACCAGAGUAAUGUACCAUGCCCCAAGCCGUAUGUCAUCAAGUCACAUGUGUUGGUGAUGGAGUAUUUGACAGAAGGAGAUGACCAGCCUUCUCCUAAAUUAAAAGAUUACCUGUUCAAGGGCAUUGGGGACAUAAACAAAUACUAUCAUGAGAUGCUAAUUUGUAUGAGACGGCUAUUUCAGAAUUGUCGGUUGGUGCAUGCAGAUUUAAGUGAGUACAAUUCCAUUGUUCACAAUGACAAGUUGUACAUCAUUGAUGUUUCGCAAUCAGUAGAACCAGAUCACCCCAUGGCACUUGAUUUUUUGCGAAUGGAUAUCAAAAAUGUGAAUGACUAUUUUUCAAGACAGAGUAUUGAUGUUUAUCCCGAAAAGUCCUUGUUCAAUUUUAUCACUGAACCUUUGGAUAUUGAAGAUAAUGACGCAGAUUUGCAAUCCUACUUGGAAUCCAUUCCCUUGAAAACCACAAAGGAUCAAGAAAUCGAGGAUGAAAUUUUCAGAUCUUUACACUUGGUGAGAUCUUUGAAACACUUGGAUGAGAGAGAUUUUCAAAAAUUCUCGGAUGGAGGAGUAGACACGAUGAGGGAAUUGGUUGCGCCUGCUCUACCGUCACAAGAGUCAGCACCAGCAACCGUUGAUGGUGAGGAGGAGCAAGAUGACGACUCAAGCGACGAGGAAACUGAUGAGGAGUCUGAGGAAGGUGACGACGAAGUGUCCGAUGAAGAAGAAGAAGAUGAGCAAGCCAAACCAAAGGGAAAGAAAUUCGAAGACAAGGACGAAAAGAAGGCAAGAAAAGAGGCAGUUAAAAUUGCAAAACAAGAAAAAAGAAAGACUAAGAUGAAGAAGCAUGUUAAGAAGAAGCUUAUAAAUAAGCGGAAAGGUGGUAAAUAG